UUUGCGGUGGGCGGAACACGGCCGCUGACGACUAGAAAAUAAACGGCUCCUAUGUCACCUUUCAAACUCUAGUGCAAGACAAGAGAGCGUGCCAAGUCAGAACUGAACAAGGCUUCAACUAUGUCCUCUGUGCACUAGCGGGAGUUUUAUCACAGCAGUGUAUCAUGGAAAACUCUGGCAGGCCUUACCGGGCUAAGCAAGGCGGCAGGGAGAGGGGGGCGGCAGCAGCAGCGGCAGAGAAGGGAGAAAGCUGGUGGAUGCAGGACCAGGUGCGAGGACAGAACUUCAGAUCAGAUGGAGGCCAGCAGGCCAAGAAAAAUCAAGGUGGGCCUUACAGGGCCAGCCCUAAGAAGGGAGGACUGGGGCCCCUAAGCCACUCUCCUGGUGGAUUAAGAGGAGGCCACAGCCCCUCACAGAGAGAUGAUGUCCGGUGGUUCUCAGGUCCUCAGGAAGAUAACUGGAGAGAGCGCCCACAGCAGAGCUGGAGGAGGGGUAUGCAAGGAGAAAGUCCAAAGGAGGACAGGGAACAGGGAAGGAGAGAAGCCACGGAUGAUGGUUUUCAAAAAUCAGGUAAAAGACGGCGUAACAGAAACAAGAAGAAAGCUUUUGCUGAAGAGAACAGGGGCUUUGUGAUUGAAGAGUCCACACUCUCAAACAAAGAGCUGCGCAACCUACGGCAAGCAGAGAGGCGGCUUAACAGGGACGAGAUCUACAGCCUAAAGAAGAGGUCCCACAGCAACCCUGCUGCUCUUUACAACUGUGCCCUGUGUGAUGUUCUCCUAGAGUCUGUGUCUGAAGCUUACAAGCAUAUUCGGGACAAACGGCAUAAGAGAAGGGCCAAGGAGCGACAAGAGCAGCUGAUGCUGACUGAGAUCCUGCCUCCUAGUCCAGAGCAGAUCAGUGCUAUAAGUGCAGUACUAGAUGCUGUUGUCCAGGAACAUGGUCUGAACGACCUGGACGUUGAGAAGAGACGGUGUGUUGUCUCCACCAUGCAAGAUCUCCUCUUGUCUGUUCUGCCUGAGGUCCGACUCAGGCUUUAUGGAUCAUCUUGCACUAAAUUUGGAUUCAAGGAUUCUGAUGUCAACAUUGACAUUCAGUAUCCAACUCACAUGCAUCAGCCAGAUGUCUUGAUGUUGGUUAAGGAGUGCCUCUCUGUGAGCUCUCUGUUUGUUGAGAUGGAGGCGGACUUUCAUGCCAGGGUGCCUGUGGUCAUCUGUAAAGAGAGAAGUAGUGGUCUAAUCUGCAAAGUUAGUGCAGGGAAUGAAAACGCGUUCCAAACCACCACAUAUCUUUCUGCCCUGGCGACUCAGGAGCCUCUCCUCAUGCCACUGGUUUUGGGCUUCAGACGCUGGGCCCGGAUCUGUGAAAUUGAUCGCGCAGAAGAGGGGAGUCUACCACCAUAUGUCUUUGCCCUUUUGGUUAUCUUCUACUUACAGAAGCGCAAAGAACCUCUCUUGCCUACCUAUUUCAACCAAGAUAUCAAAGUGUUUUCUCUCAGCCGGCUGUCAGACUUCAACCUUACUCAUACAGAGGAUGGGUAUUUACACUGGGCCUACACCCCUUCCUCCAAGGAGUCAUCUCAACCAGCAGAAGGCAACUCCAUAAAGGGGAAGGUUCCGCUGGUGUUUCAAAGUCCUCAUCCACCAGUGGAAGUUGGACUUCUCUGGGUCGAAAUGCUUCGCUUCUAUUCCCUGGAGUUCAUCAUGGCUGACAAUAUAAUCAGUGUGCGGACUGGAGCUGUCCUCUCCAGAGAGAUGAAAGACUGGCCUAAAAAGCGGAUCGCUGUAGAGGACCCGUUUGCCGUGAAGAGAAAUGUGGCCCGCACAGUGAACAGCCAGCAAAUGUACGAGUACAUCCUCCACUGCCUCAAAACCACAUACAAGUACUUUGCACAGUCACUCAAUACACCAGCUGCUAAUCACAAAAGAGGACUGAAGGGAGGAUAUGUUCAAGGGGCCAAUGCUAAGGCUUUGAAUGACGAGAGUGUGUGCUUGUCAGAUUUCAGUAAUCUCAGCAUUCAUUCAAAAUAUACGAGCCAAUCUAAAUCUGUAGAAAAUGGCCCUGAGGACUCUGAUUGCAUUAUUGAGGAAGAGGAGGAAAUUGAAGAAUUCAGUGACUCAGAUGAAGAGCGAGAAAAAGAAAAAUUGGACUUGGGCAAAAGCAGCCUUUCGGAGGAUGAGGAUGAUGAAGACGAGCAGGAUGAUGACAUAAAUAUUGAUGUCGACAUGCAUAACAGAGACCACCUGGACAGCUUCACCAUAGAGGAUGAAGAGAUUUUCCUAGUGGACGAGAUCUCAGGGGAGGAGCUUUUGUCCGAUGAGGAGGGUCCAGAUUUGGACACACCUGGUUCAAUGGAUGAGGAAGAGGAGGAGGAAGUGGAUUUGGCACCUGUCAGUGUUUCUCAAAUUAAAGAUGAAACACCAGAAAAUAAAAAUGAAAAACAAAGCAGACCAUCUUAUGAGUUCACCAAGCAAGCUUUCACCAGAGGAAAGUCCCACAUGGUCGUGUGCAGCUUGUGCAAACGUGAUGGACAUUUGAAGAAAGAUUGUCCAGAAGAUUUCAAGAAAGUGCAGCUUGACCCCUUGCCCCCAGUAACACCAGAGUUUCUCAGUGUCCUCAACAAAGUCUGUGAGCAGUGUUACAGUGAUUUCGCCCCAGAUGAACUGGAAGUGGGUGUAAGAGAGCACAUCCUUCAAGACCUUGAGAUUUUUGUGAGAAGACAGUUUCCUGGUGCUCAGUUACAACUGUUUGGCUCAUCCAAAAAUGGCUUUGGAUUUAGACAGAGUGACCUGGACAUCUGCAUGGUGUUGGAAGGACAAGAAACCAUAGAUGAUAUUAACUGCAUCAACAUCAUUGAAAGCUUGGCAAGAUCGCUAAAGAAACACCCAGGGCUGAGGAACAUCCUUCCCAUCACUACAGCAAAAGUACCCAUUGUGAAGUUCUACCAUGUUCGCACUGGCUUGGAGGGAGAUAUAAGCCUCUACAACACACUGGCCUUGCACAACACUCACCUACUAGCUACGUAUGCUGCAAUUGACAGAAGAGUGAAGAUCCUCUGUUACGUCAUGAAGGUUUUUGCCAAGAUGUGUGACAUUGGAGAUGCUUCACGUGGUAGCCUCUCGUCAUAUGCCUACACCCUCAUGGUGCUGUUCUUCCUUCAGCAGAGAGACCCACCAGUUAUCCCUGUGCUGCAAGAGAUCCAUGAUGGGAAGAAGCCUGAAGUACUAGUAGAUGGUUGGAAUGUGUACUUCUUUGAUGAUUUUAAAGCACUACCCAGUCACUGGCCACACUAUGGGAAGAACACCGAGACUGUGGGGGAGCUGUGGCUCGGCCUACUCCGCUUUUACACUGAGGACUUUGACUUCAGAGAGCAUGUUGUCUGUAUCCGACAGCAUGCCCGCCUCACCACCUUCAACAAGCAGUGGACAUCCAAAUACAUAGUCAUUGAAGAUCCAUUUGAUCUCAAUCAUAAUUUGGGUGCUGGUCUCUCGAGGAAAAUGACAAAUUUCAUCAUGAAGGCUUUUAUCAAUGGCAGAAGAGUGUUUGGCACACCCAUCAGAUACUUUCCUCCUGUGUAUCCCAGUCAGAUGGAGUAUUUCUUUGAUCCUGAAGUACUUACUGAAGGAGAAGUGGCUCCCAAUGAUCGCUGCUGUCGCAUCUGUGGAAAGAUUGGCCACUUCAUGAAAGACUGCCCCCUGCGUAAGAAGUCUAAACAUAGAAGGGACUCUGAGAGAAGGCCAGAGUACCCACAAGACAAAAUGGAUACAGCAGAGGAAUCGAAGGAUCAGGUCAGACACAAAAGUGAACACUGGCGGAAAAGGGAUGGAGUGGAUAUUCGUUGCUGCUACCUAUGUGGAUCAACUGCCCACAUCAAGAAGGACUGCCAGCUGUACAGAAGCCCUGCUGGUAAUGUGAAAAUGGAGAAUUAUUCUUCUUCACCCCACUUUAGGAAUUUGCGAGAAACAGAGAAACAGGGCAUACCUAUACAAGAAGAUAAGAAGAAGAGAAAGCAGCAAAAUGUGAUAUUAAGUCCACAAGCAGGUAGUUUAACCUGCCGAAAUUCGGGUCGCUCUGGUCAGAGGAAGAGCCCAGUGGAAUGAGAAGUGGCUGUGAAUAAAAAUAAAAAAAAGAAAAAAACUACCAGAUUCUACUUUUGUCCAGGCAGACAGCAACCCAAAGUCCAGAAACCCUUAAAUCUGAAUGGUACUGUUGGGCCAAUAGUAGCCCGUUCAAAGCCAAAGCCAGGACAUCUUGACUUGAAGCCAAAUAGGGCCUUUUUAUUGUUGUGGGUUUUGUUUUUGGGUUGUUUUUUUUUUUCUCCCCCCAAAACGCUCCUCCUGAGAGGGGUGUGUGUGGUUUUUUUUUUUUUGUUUUGUUUUGUUUUUUAAAGCUUUCAUUUAAAGAAAAUAAGCAAGUAAGCAUGCAUGUGAUGCAUUAAAAUACUUUGCCAGUCAAGAGGUUUUCCCUUGUUUUGUUUUUUUUGUUUUGUUUUUUGUAUAUAUAAAAAUUUUACAUUUAAAGCAAUAUUACUGCAAAUUUGGUGUAAAAUCUCUUAAAAUUGGAAUGUAAAUAACUGUCUCCUAGACGACUAAUAGCUUAGAUCCCAGUAGGGUAUCUUUUGACAUCAUACUGUAUCUUUAAUGCUAAAUUUUAUUUUUAAUUGUUUUGGUGGACACUUGAAGGUUCAACCGUCCUUUAAUUUGGUAGACCAGUGUAUAUAAACACUGUUACAGCUGUGAGUCAGAUUGAAAUGAUAAACUGAUUAUGAUAUUAGUCUGCUACUCAACAUCAAAAAGUCAAGGCUAUUUCACAUUAAACCAAAAAGGUUUCAAUUCAUAUGCGUUCUUUUUUUUUUUUUUUUUUUUUUUCUUCCCUUAAGUGUUGUUUUAGAGAUUUGGGGAAAAGAAGAUGUUUCUUAAUGGCAGUAUACCUUUUUAAUGGCCUGGAUCUGUAUUUUUUUAUUUUAUUUUUAAUUAUAAAAUCAUGUGUUUGUCCUCUGCA